CGCCUCGUAAUCGCGGUGUCGUCUGGUUUUGCGUUGUCUCUGGUUGUUUCUAAAUUCUGUGAAAUUCAACUAACAAGCUAAACAAAUUAUUUAACGCAACUAAAAACCAAUUGCGUCGCAACUUAUCGCAGUGCUCGGGACAAGUGAACAGAAAUUCCAAAAUUUGGCAAAUCAUUUGUAACAGAAACGUGCGUUUACGUCGGGCUGCCAGUGUGUGUUGCUGCGACGAAUUCCAGUGUGUGCGAUUGUGUGUGUGGUGAAUUUAGGCUCUCCCCCAACAUUCCACCGCCCACCCCCCCCUUAACAGCAGCGGCGUGCAAAAAGCAAAAUUUUAGUGCAAAUAAAUUGCUUUGCUUAUCUCGGCGCGCGCGCUCGCUUGAUAUGGCUAAGUGUGCGUGUGCCUGUGCGUGUGUGUGCUGUGUGUAAGCUUGAGUGUUGUUAAUUAAUUUACAAAGCCGCCAGCCUCAGGCUCGAGUGUGCACUCUUGCAAAUAACAUAUACAAAUUUUGUGGGUUUGUUGAAUUGGCAGCAAAAAAGAAAAUGUUACGCGUUCUAUAAACAACCGCGACUAACCCCAUUGUGCCCAACGCGCGCGUCCCACUAAAAAGAAAACAGCCAACAACAGCAACAAUAACAAUAACAAUAAACACAGGAGGUGCUGGCGGUUCAUGUACUUGAAAACGAAAGUUCUUUUGCAUGCAAACGGUUGCGCAUAAAAAAAAACCAUACACACACAUACGCACGCCAACACACACACACACACACAAAUAUAUAUACAGUGCUCGCAAAUCGCAAAAAGAGAGAUAGAGAGCGCAGCUGAGCACAGCAAAAGACAGAGAGGAGGCGCCGUGGCCACUUGGCCUUGAACUUGUGCGGCGCGGGAGCGCAGCGAUUGAUAUUUAAUGAAGAAUUUCAUAGACUGCAGCCGGAAUAUUGAAGUUACACGAUUCGGCAGCAGAGCGAACGCGACGCAGCGCGACGCCAGAUACGACGUCAAUUGACAGCGACAACAACUGAAUCCAAGCAGCAUCGGGCAGGAUAUAAUACUUAUAAAACCUUGAAGUACACACACACACAUAAUCACACUCACACACACACACACUCCAGUGGCUUAAGAGCAUUCAUUUUGCCAUAUGCAACAAAUAAUACAAAUAUACAGAUAUAUAGAUAUAAACAGAUAUAUAUACCUAGUUAUAUAUGGCUGUAAUUAACAUGUUAACUGGCACUGGGAACGUUGGACUAUAUCUUUUUUGGACUCUUUGAUGUUGCUCAAACAGCGGCAUUUGGCAGCAAAACUUUUUGUACCUGUUGUUUUGCGCACGCAAAAGGAAACUUUAAAUAGAUACCUGAGAAUACACUUUAUACUGCAACAAAUAUAUAUUUAUUUAACAUACAACAAAACAAUCACAAGAGCAAACAAUAAAUAAAUAAAUAAAAACAAACAAACAAACAAAACAAACAUUUUGCCGUUUCGAGAAGCCGUCCAGCAGUUAUAUACAGAGCCAACUAUAUAUAUAUAGAGAGAGCGCGUUAUAUGUAUAUCAAAUAUGCCCAACGUUUGCCAGAGCAACAACAAGGAGUAAGGCAACUGCUGCCUUACAUUUAAGCCAACAACAACAACAACAACAGCAACAACAACAACAACAGCAGCGGCAACAGGAAGUUAAACAACAACAGCAACAGCAAAAAGGAAAUAUUAUUAUUGUCAACAGCAUUUGGGCGUAUCAAAUCGAAAUCUGUUGCCAUGGGUCGCAAAAAAAUUCAGAUAUCACGCAUCACCGAUGAACGCAAUCGACAGGUGACCUUCAACAAGCGCAAGUUCGGCGUCAUGAAGAAGGCCUACGAGCUGUCCGUGCUGUGCGACUGCGAAAUAGCGCUGAUCAUCUUCUCGUCCAGCAAUAAGCUCUAUCAGUAUGCCAGCACCGAUAUGGAUCGUGUGCUGCUCAAAUACACCGAAUACAAUGAGCCGCACGAGUCGCUGACCAACAAGAAUAUCAUUGAGAAGGAGAACAAAAACGGCGUCAUGUCACCGGAUUCACCCGAAGCGGAGGCCGACUAUACGCUCACCCCGCGCACCGAAGCCAAAUACAAUAAGAUCGACGAGGAAUUUCAGAAUAUGAUGCAGCGCAACCAAAUGGCUAUUGGCAGUGUUACGGGGGGCGGCGGUGGCGGCGGCGGCGGCGGCGGCGGAGGUGGCGGCGGCGGUGGAGGUGCACCGAAUCGAGCCAUGCCAAAUACAAGCUAUACGAUGCCAGUAUCGGUGCCAGUGCCGGGCUCCUACGGUGAGAAUCUGCUGCAGGCCAGCCCACAAAUGUCCCACACAAACAUCAGCCCACGUCCAUCGAGUUCGGAGACGGAUUCAGGUGGGAUGUCCUUAAUAAUCUAUCCAUCGGGUACCAUGUUGGAGAUGUCAAACGGUUAUCCACAUUCACAUUCGCCGCUUGUGGGAUCACCCAGUCCAGGUCCCAGUCCUGGCAUAGCGCAUCAUUUGCCCAUUAAGCAACAAUCGCCGGGCAGCCAGAAUGGAAGAGCUUCCAAUUUGCGUGUCGUCAUACCGCCCACCAUAGCGCCGAAUAUGUCGGCGACCACGGACGAUGUCGCCUAUGCAGAUCAGCGCCAGAGCCAGACGUCGCUGAAUACGCCGGUGGUGACGCUGCAGACACCGAUGCCGCCGCUGGCGAGCUACUCGUUUGGGGCGCAGGACUUUUCGCAAUCGGGUGCGAUGAGCGCGGACAUAUUGGGCCUGCCGCAGUGGCAUCAGGGUCUCGUGCAGCACACUAGGUGGGUAGUCCAGGCCCCGAGCCCGGCGAAUAGCAGCAGCAGCAGCCCCAGCAGGCAAACACUUAACGGCGACCAACAUCAUAAUCUGCCUUGCAGUCUAUCCCAUCUGGCUGUCUCGAAUAGCACACCGCCGCCCGCCACCUCACCCGGCUCCAUCAAGGUCAAAUCGGAGCCGCAAUCGCCGCCACGUGAUCUCUCCGCCAGCGGCGGCGGCGGCGGCGGCGGCGGUGGCAGCGGUGGCAGCGGCGGCGGUGGCGGCCAUCAGCAUAAUAGCAACGUCUCGACGGGCAGCGGUUCAAGCAGCAGCAGCAACAGCAGCAAUGUCUCAACAACGGGCGGCGUCCUGACCGCCAUCAAUGCCAUCACACAGCUGGGCGGCGCCGGCGUCUUGACAGCCAGCGGCGGCGGCGGCGUGGGUGGUGGGACAAACGGCAGCGCCGAUCAGGCCACAAAUCUGAGCGUUCUAAGUCAUUCGCAACAGCAUCUGGUCAUGCCCAAUUCGCGGCCCUCGUCCACCGGCCACAUAACACCGACUCCAGGGCAUGAUAAGUAUGAAGGAUAUCAGUACCGCGCGCUUAUGGGACAUAAUCCUAGAUGGAAUUUUGCCGAUUUUAUUAUCUUGAACGCAGGUGCGCCCAGCAGCGAGCAGGAUGUGCGCCUAGCAGCAGUUGCUGUGCAGCAGCAACAACAGCAGCAACAACAGCAGCAACAACAACAACAGCAGCAGCAGCAGCAGCAGCAACAACAACAACAACAACAGCAGCAGCAACAUCAGCAGCAACAACAGCAACAGUUAAGCGACUACGAUGCGCCCAAUCACAAAAGGCCAAGAAUAUCUGGCGGCUGGGGCACAUAGCCGGCACGUGGCGCUGCUUCAAGCAACUAUAAGCUACAGCCACAACAACAGCAACAACAACAGCAACAUCACAACAGCAACAAGAAGCCAGUCAGCAACAAUAACAACAGCAGCUGCGACAAUGAUCUGGUCAUGAUGCCGCCGCCGCCGCGCAAGGAACGCACAUUUCUCAAUGUGUCCAGCUAUGGGCGUGGCAGCGGCUACGACUGCUACAAUCAGCAGCUGGCCGUCGGCUAUGCCCCAGAGCAACAUCAGGCGCAGUAGCGACAACAGCAGCAGAGCACAUUAAUCGUUUCCAGAGCCGUGCAAUAGUUUUGAGUAGUCAGCUGGAAGCGACAAGUUUUGUUAUUGGUUUUAAAUUUUAAGCGAAAAAACAAGUGACAGUGUCAUAUCUACAAUUAUUGUCUAACUUAUAGUUACAUAUACACACACACAUAUAUAUAUGUAUAUGUGUAAAUAGUUAUAAUUUGAAAUUAACUAUACAGAAACACACAUACGCCCAUAUAUAAAAAUAAAAUGAAAUUAUGUGUAAGUUUUGUGCGCAAGCCGUAGCUAGUUAAUUAAACCAUAAAAAAUUAUAUAAAUUAAUAAUUAAAGAAGCAGCAGAAAGGAAGGUUUUGCAGGCACUUGGUUAGUUGUUAGCGUGUGUUGAGCUGAUUUAGUUUAAUUCAAUUUAAUGUUAACUUUAAGUCAACAACAACAACAACAACUCACACACACACACACACACACACACACACAACAUGCGUUUAUGUUUGUACAUAUGCCCACAAUAUAUACAUACACACACACACAUUUUGGUUCAAUAAGUUUUAAAACUACAAAAACAAAAUUGAAUUAAAAAUUAAUUAAAAUUAAAAGAUACGUAAUGCAUGCAAGUCAUCUGAUAUGAUAUAUAAGGAAUAUAUAUAUAUAUAUAUAACUAUGAGAGGGUCAAGUUUUACAAACUAAGCACGCAAUUGUAAAAUCCGCCUGAAAGUAAAGAAAACACACACACACUCCCACACACACACACACACACACGUGAAAAUGUACUCAACACCAUUUAUUUUGUAUUUUGUCCAUAAUUUCGUUUCCUAAUUAAAGUGCAAUUUAUGUUUAUGAUUAAACCAGUUUUUUACACACACACACAACGCUUGGCAAAAUGCAAUUGAUUAAAUAUAUAUAUUUAUAUAUAUAUAUUUUAUUUAAUGCAACGACUCAGUUUAAUUUAGGUUUUAAAAUAUAAUUUCUAAUUUAAAUGUAGCUCUAAGUCUUAGUGGGAGCGUGUGCGCAAGUAAUUGAAAGAAUACUUGAUUUAAUUAAUUGAUUGUAAUUGUAAUAAUUUCGGUUUAAGCAACGCGUCUCCUCCCUUAUUCGAUAGACUUUAUAUAUUCUCUUUCAAUUCUAAGCAAAACGAAGUCAUAAUUUGUAAUUAACUUAAACGUGAAUUUUUCUGUUCGAUUUGAAGCGUUCUAUUCAAAUUGUUGCGCCUUAAGUUUCAUUUUGUAUUUUUACAUUUACGAAUUACAAUUUCAAAUGCAGUUUGUAAAACAUCAACAACAACAACUACAACAACUACAACUACAACAACAACAACAACAACUCAAAACACAAAAUAUAAUUUAAAUAAAAUGAUUAUAAACAAUUUCAGUUGCUGUUUAUUGGUUUUUCCUCUCCUCUUGUUUUUGUUUUGUUUCUUAUUGUUUAAACAGCUAGCAGUAAAUGUGUGGGCGUGGCUGUGUACAUGUCAAUUGCCCAUUUUUUUGUUUUUAUUUAAAUAAAUGCAUAAAUAUGCACACUUUAAAGGUAAACGCGCUCUGUAAAUAUUUGCGCUAACACAAUAUGACCUGUUGCACUUUAUACAGCCAAUUGUAAAAAUCGAAAGCAAACAAAAAAAAAUGCGAGAAAAAAAGUGAAAAAAAAAAUUAAAAACCAUAUGCAAAUAAUUUAACAGUACUUCUAUUUGUAUGCUGUGUACUGUAACAGCUGUGCAUACUUUAUAUAGCGCGAAAUUAACGAUCCGAAUGCACAACAAAUGAACACAAACAAUAAACAUUUACACUUUACAGGUUUCCCAAAGAUGAAGAACAAACAAGCUUUACAUAUAUAUAUAUAUAUACGAAAUAAAACUGAGCUAUCUAUGUGUGUGUACAUAGGUAUAUAGACAUAUGUGUAUAUAUAUAAGAUAAAGUAGCCAGAGGCUACAUAUUUUCUAGCAAUAUACCGAGAAGAUGAUAAUUAAGGUAAUUUAUUAACUGCAAGGGUAUUCAACAUUUGCAGCAUCCCCUUAAUAGGCGGGAGAAACCAAUUUGUCCGAGUUCUUUAGAUGACAUUUUUGAAAUAUCUUGAUGAAGUUGUCUUCAGUCUAAAUUUAAUAAACAUUCAAAAGCGAAUUCCGACAAAUUGAUCAUAAAUAAUUUCAAAAAGUUUCCCUACCCUAGUAAGAAAUACAAAAGCUUGGAUAGCAACUCCCUUGUUCGUAAACAAUGGUCGAAACAUACUUAAAAGUACUCGAAAGUACUAAUAGCAGUACUUGAAAGUACUCAAAAGUACUUACAAUUAAUUUACCAAGUACAGUGAGUGUUGAAUGUAGUGUUACAAUUAAAUAUGUGUACCUCUUUUAUGUUAACCCGGAAAAAAAAUGAUUUUAUCUUAUAAUUUGCAAUGAACUUUUCCAAAUUUCCCCUAGAUUUGGUUGUUUUACAAUUUUCGGUUAAAUGUAAAUAAAAUCCUGGUAAAUGAAACUUCACUCUGUAGUGUGUUGCCUUAAAAACAGUGCCUCUUAAAUGAACAAAAAAGAAAAACAUAAAUGUUGAACAGCGAUCACUUGCUGAAAAUGUAACCAAAAAAAAUAUAAAAAUAUAUAUACUGAAAAAAAAAAUAAAACAGAAAACUUGAUGGUGAAAAAUAUUUCAAUACAGGUGUUAAUUGUGCUAUUUAAACAAAUUGAAUGUAGUUAAUGCAAACGUAAACAAAUUGAAUUAAACCUAAGCUUUAAAACUAAUAAAAUUAAAUUUAUGAAACUUGAACAAAACGGAUGACUCAAGAAGAAGAGCAGCACAUCAUGUACAAAAAACAAACAAACAGACAAAAUACACAAUUGGCUUAAAUAUAAUUGGCAUAAAAAAAGUUUUGAAUACUUUAAGAGAUCAUACAUAUAUACACACAUAUAUAUAUACAUAUACGAUUAUUUUACUAUGAGGAGGUCGGAGCAGUGCACUAUAUAGCUGGCGAUUUUAUGGUCACAGGGACCACAACAUAACAAAAGGAAGAAUAAAUAAAUAAAAUGGAAUGAUAUAUUUGUGAAAGGCAGCAUCUGUGUAAACUGGUUCUCGAGAUAGAUGUAUUUAGUAUAGAAUGUUAAAAGUAUGCACUGUUGUGUGGGAAUUUAUGUGGCACCUGAAUACAGAUCAUAAAAAAACUCUAGUAGAAAUUUAAGCAAAUGCGUGUUAAACGGCAAAAGACUUUAUGCAUUCAAUAUACCCAUUUACAGAGAAAACAUUGCGCACCUGCACUUUAUCGAUUCAAUUGAGUCAAUUUAUGAAUCACAACUAUGCUAGAUGAAAUAUAGAUACUAUAAUUUGUUGUCACUUGUGUUCUUAUUAUCAUAAUAUUCAAUGUUGUUAAUGUUAUAUGUUAGUUUCGAUGUGACAGACACCUCUCGUCUAAGUAUUUGUGUUAACAAUGAAAUAUAUAUCGUGGUUCCAUUCGUUGCAAUUCGUUGUCCAGAUAAUCAAUCAUUGAAGAGCCCGCAAAAGCACAAACUAUGAAAUUAUACGUACAGAUUCAAUUAGAUAAAGUUUAAACAAGAAAUUAAGCUAUGAUUGGGUACCAGAAAAAAGCGUUUAAAAGUUUAUAAAACCUUUAGAGCGCUGUCUUAAAACAAAUUAGAAAAACAACAAAAAAAAUAAGGCGAAAUGAAUAUGUUUAAAUUAUACAAAUUAAGUGAUAUGCAUGUAGUUAAGUUAUCUAUGUAAAUGCGCUCCAAAUCGAUAUUACAUAAUAUAUAUAUAUAUAUAUAUAUACAUAUAUA